UAUCGGUCUUAUUUAGUUUACGAAAAGAAAAGUUUUUAGAUAAUAUAUAUAACAUAUUUGUAACUAUAGUAAUUAGUGUCGAAUCAUAAAACUAUCAGGGCAAACAUGACUUCAAACAGUCCAGAGCCUACUAUGAAUAAAUACCAUGCCAAACUAUCACCAUUCACCACGCACGUCGAUCACUUCUCGUUCAUCGUAGUGCCGCUUCCAUGGAUUUGCUGAUUAGUAGAAAACCAAAGCAUGCUCUGAGAAGUGAGAAUUGAGAUGAGUUUCUGCUGCCGCCGCCGUUUUCAGGUGAGAUUCAUCUCCAGUGACCUGUGGCUAUGGCUGUGCGUGCUCCUGCUCGUGUCUCGCCUGUCCAAUGGCUGCUCCACGGAGGAGAGGACUGCGCUGCUGGAAAUCAGCGCCUCGCUGCUUGGCACGAAAUACUUUGCUGGGAUGCCCCCGUCCUGGUGGCUAGAGAGAGACCACGACUGCUGCUCCUGGGAGGGCGUCGAGUGCAGCAACGACACGCGACGCGUCGUGUCCCGGCUCCAGCUCUCCUCCCUCGCCGGUAGCCCGCCUGAAAACGGGCUGUGCCGGACGGGCUUCAACUCGACGGCCUUCUCGGCGUUCCCUGAGCUUCAGUUCCUCGAUUUCUCGAUGAACUACGCUACUUUCCAGAGCUCUGAUGGUCUAGCAGGAUUAAGCAAGCUCCGGCAUCUCGACCUCAGCUACAAUUGCCUCAACGCCAAUGACUCGGAAUCGCUUGGAAAAUUGUACUCCUUGGAGGUUUUACACCUUGAGUUCACCGGCAUGGUUGGAACACUUCCAGCUUCAGUUUUUGAAAAUCUGACGGACUUACAAGAACUGGAUUUGAGCUCCAAUCAACUCACAGGAAACCUCCCAGCAUCAUUUUUCACACUUCCUCGUAUCCAACACUUGAAUGUGUCGCAAAAUCUCUUUGAGGGAAGUAUUCCUAUGAGCUCAAAUUUAAACCAUUCUUCGUCGUUUAGGACGGUCAACAUUUCCAUGAACAACUUGAGUGGAAAUUUUUCAUUCCACUGGCUUAGAAACAUGGCAAAUCUAGAGAAGAUAGAUUUUUCAGGAAAUAUUCAUCUGGCAGUUGGUGUUAAUUUCCCUGGAUGGAAACCUCCAUUUCAGCUGAAAGAGCUCCUGCUGUCAGGUUGUGACAUUGACAAGAGCAUUUUUACCGAACCACAUUUUCUACACACACAAAAUCAUCUAGAGACCCUUGAUUUAUCAAAUAGUAGCUUGCCAGGCAGCUUUCCUAGUUGGUUGUUUGUACAACAGCCAGCACUUCUUUAUCUCAAUUUGGGAAGUAACUUGCUAUCUGGAUCGCUAGAUCAGAUAACCUAUACCCAAACGAGUCUCCUAGCAAUUAGCCUGUCUCUGAACCGUAUUUCAGGGCGUCUACCGGCCAACAUCAGCUCAAUUUUUCCAAACGCAACAUUCCUAGAUUUCUCUGGCAAUACUAUUUCUGGGGAAAUACCACCGGAUUUGUGCAACAUAAGCAACAUGGAGUAUUUAGACCUAUCAAAUAAUAACCUGCAAGGAGAGUUGCCUAGCUGCCUGUUCGCUGAUCACCCCAUACUGAAAACUCUGAAGGUCUCAAAUAACAAACUCGGUGGCCCUAUACUUGGCGGGAAGAGCCAUAUGUCAAUCAGGUGGGAAAUAUACCUUGACGGCAACAACUUCGAAGGAGAGCUGCCCCGACAUCUAACGGGGGGUUUUGUAGAUGGAGGAACACUGGAUUUCCAUGGCAACAAAUUAUCCGGUAAACUCGAUGUCAUGCUAUGGUCCCUUCCCAAUCUGUGGACCUUGAAUCUUGGCAGCAACAAUUUAACUGGCGAAAUAGACCAAAGCAUUUGCAGCUUGACGGGCAUCAUCCUUUUAGACAUAUCAAACAACAGCAUUUCGGGCUCUUUACCAAACUGUAGCAACCCGUUGUCGCUCCUUUUCUUGAACAUGUCUGCGAAUCAAUUGUCAGGUGACAUAGCACCAUAUAGUUUCUUCAGCAAUGCUACUGUCACAGCUUUGGAUCUCAGUUACAACCAGUUCACUGGGAGCAUCGACUGGGUACAGACUCUAGGCGAAGUUCGGUACCUUUCCCUGGGCACGAACAAGUUUGAAGGGCAAAUUCCUCAGACUAUUUGCCAGCUACAGUACGUGAGGGUAAUCGAUCUGUCGCAUAACCGACUCUCAGGAUCACUGCCAGCAUGCAUUGGGGACUUUCCAUUCGAAGGGAAAUCAUCUGGUCUGUUAUACUGGAACCUCUUGUGUGGCCGUGGUUUUCAGUACCCAGGCUUCAGGUACACCAGCUGCUACGAGCAGAGAGGAUUCCGGUUCGGCACCAAGUGGAACCUCUACACUUACCGGCGGAACUUCAUCGAUUUCUUCUCCGGCUUCGACUUCUCCGAGAACAUGCUGUCCGGCGAGAUCCCCCCGGAGCUGGGCCACCUGAGCCAUUUGAAGGCCCUCAACCUGUCCCACAACUCCCUGGACGGACUGAUUCCGGCGGCCCUCGGAAACAUGAGCGACGUCGAGAGCUUGGACCUGUCCCACAACCAGCUGAGCGGGGCCAUACCGCCGCAGCUCUCCCACCUAACGUCGCUGGCCGUGUUCUCCGUGGCGUACAACAACUUGUCAGGGUGCGUGCCGGACGCCGGCCAGCUCGGCUUGUUCGACGAGACGAGCUACGCCGGGAACAGGGACCUUGAGGAGGCGUCACGAGGAAGCGAGUGCGCGGCAGGUUCAGAGCCGCCGGAUGCUUCUUCGCCGACGUCGCAGCACAGCGGAGACGAGGCGGCGGACGCGGUGCUCUACGCGGUCAGUGCUGCCUCGUUCGUGUUGUCGUUUUGGCUCACUGUUGGGUUCGUGCUUUGUCAUCCCUAUGGGCGGCAUGUAAUACUGAAACUCUGACCAUUCAGAGUGUUGUGCUGUUGUAUAUACACUAUUGGAAUGCUGUAGUGUUAUAUUGAUCUAGCUUUGCAUGACUAUAUAUGUAAUACUAAAUACUAAUACUGAAGUGAAUGUGCUUUUUGGGUGUGAUCUUGUUAUUGUUGGUAUCAUGAAACAAAUAACCGGAAAAAGAAGUCACAUACUAUUAAAGAUGCACUGAACAAUUAUGCUUGGAUCUAUGAUCUCAAAGCCUACUAGGCCUUAACUCUUCCCCUUUAUAAAUUAUUGUAGUUCUUUGCUUAAAUAAAACUUUGUAAACACUAAAUAACAUUAGAAAAUUACAUGAGAUCAAUGAAAAGAACCCCAUAGCUAUCCAAACAAACAAUAUGACUUUUAGAUAAGAAAAAAAUGGAAAUGUUGCAAAGCAUCACUAUCUGAUAAUAA